GACGGCGACGCGCUUCGGGAUGGCAUGCGCGUCGCUCCGACGCUGAAAUUUGUACCGUUUCCUGUGAGAAGGAAGGAAGCACAAAUCGUGGAAAAAUUGCGUGUUUGCUCUCGAUUUCGGUCCAUUCUGCGGUCUCCCCGCUCGAUGCAUCUGAGGCGCUCUCUUGCUUCGCGAGACUGCUGUUUCUUUCGAUAGCGAGCGGGGAAUGUGAGUUCUUGGUGAGCCCGGCGCAGGAGGGGUUGGGAAGAACAGCGCGAUCAGGUAGUGAGCUGAAUGUGUGGAAUUAGCGAAUGACGGAAAUCAUGGAAGCCAGUGAGUGGCGAUUGCGGUGCUUCGUUAUGUCACUGUUAUUUUUCCAUGUAUCGGAAUUUAUGCUCGCUCUACACUACCACGGAGCUGCUGGCGUUGAGUCGUUGUUAAUAACGGGUCCUUAUCUGGUGGCAUUGACAUUCGGCUUGGUGGAGCAUCAUUUGGAGAGUAUGUAUCUGCCAGAAUACAAAUCGCAGACAUAUGUUGCAUAUCUAGGCCUGGCGCUAGUGAUAGUGGGUGAGGUUAUCCGCAAGCUUGCUAUCGUGACUGCGCGACGAAACUUCACGCACGAAAUAAAAGUCGAUUAUGACGAAAAUCAUCAACUGGUCACUCAUGGAAUAUACAGAUACAUGCGACAUCCAAGCUAUUUAGGAUUUUUUGUCUUUGCAAUUGGCACGCAGCUCUUGCUGUGCAAUCCUCUCGCAACAGCUGGAUACAUGAUUAUCUUAUGGCGCUUCUUUCACGAUCGCAUCGAAUAUGAGGAAUUUUUUUUAGUGGAGUUUUUUGGUCCCAAAUACGAGGAGUAUCAAAAGAUAGUUCCAUCAGGAUUGCCAUUUGUAAAAUGAGGACCGGUCAACAAAUGGAAUCCUUGUUUAUGAAAUUUGUGCCUCAAAUUCCAACGCUUCAGGCUCAAUGUCAAGCUCAAGUCUGAAAUUAUUGCUGGUGAAUGCGACAAUCGAAGAGAAACAUACCUACAUCUUUAGAUCUACAAAUCGCUGGAGUCAACUAGCUUCAAUUUACAAGCAGCAAGGUUGAUUCUCAUCUGGCGGGUAUGCUGAAGUUUCACGAAUUGUGUCUUCGACUCUUCACUGUGACAGUUUGAGCUCAAGGCAUGUGAUCGAAUAUCUCUUCAGGCUUUGGUGAAAUCGGAUGUACUCAACUGAGUUCGACUUUUUCUCAUGGGACGGUCACCACACACGACCAUCAGUAAAAUCUUUACGAGAUAGAAUUUUGUUUUUGUAGUUUGGAUAGGUAUAAAUCCACAUACCGGGAAAUUGUGUUGGACAUGACUGUCAAGACAAGCAUCAUUAUGCAUGAGUGUAAAAUAUAACUAUCUUCUCUAUC